AUGAGGCUCCUGCUGCUCCCGCCCCAAAUACACACAGGUACACACAUACACAGGUACACAGACACGCACACGCUAUUAGGAAUGUUCCCCUAAUUACGUGUUUUUGUGCUGUGUGUCAGAGUUGAGGGAUGAUAAACCAGUGUUUGAGAAGAGGCGUCUGGUGUGGGAGGAGGACAUGCAGAUGCACUCCAAGUUCCUGGACAGAAAGGUGACAUAUUAGUCUUUCCCUACACCCUACCAUUACCCCCUACUCUCACCUAGCCUUUUACUCUUAAACCACCAACCCCUAGGUUUCCAACAUGACCUGACGUGUGUGUGUUACAGGAGGAGUUGAAGGCGGAGCAUGCCUCGUACCUGCGGCAGCACACGGAGUUCCGCGCCAUGAUGGCUGACUUCUUGCAGUUACUACGGAAACCGAGUGACAUCUUCAUGUUCGGCCGCCAGGACUUCUUCCCCUCCGCCUCUCGCCAACCCCCGGGGGGCACCUUCAACACCUCUCCUUGA